CUCUCUCUCCCUCUUCUAUUCUUUCCCUUUGCUUGUUUCCUUCGUUUUCGUUUAGUCUCUCUCCUAAAUUUCCCGACUCUCACCCCUUUUUUUUCCCUCCUGUAACUGUGUUUGUUGUGGAAUUUACCAAAACAGGAAAAGAAAAGAGAUGAGAUGAGAUAAGAUUUUGGCCUUCCUUUUUUUCCUCAACUUGUUGCUCUUCUUUUGUUCUCUUUUGACAACUUAAUAAAAGGGGAGAGAGAAAGGAAUAAGAAGAAUCUGGAGUGUUGUAAAAUUUAUGCGAAACCUCCCUUUUCUGGGUUUUGGGUGCGCUUUGGUGGGAUUUCAGUCUUUCCAUUUCUGGAGCUGAUCGAAGCUUUUUCUAGAUUUUUCAGCAGACUAGGUAAGAUAUGGUGCCAAGAUGGUGAGGGGGAAGACCCAGAUGAAGCGGAUAGAGAACGCUACCAGCAGGCAAGUAACCUUCUCCAAGCGUCGAAAUGGGCUGCUGAAGAAGGCGUUUGAGCUUUCGGUUCUCUGCGAUGCUGAAGUCGCGCUUAUCGUCUUCUCUCCGAGAGGAAAGCUUUAUGAAUUCGCUAGCUCCAGCAUGAAUAAGACCAUAGAACGCUAUCAACGAUAUGCAAAAGAUGCUCAGAGCAACAAAACAAUAGAACAGAAUAUGCAGCAUUUGAAGCAUGAAGCUGCAAAUAUGGCAAAGAAGAUUGAGCUUCUUGAAGCUUCCAAACGGAAGCUAUUGGGAGAAAAUUUAGGAUCAAGUUCUCCAGAAGAACUGCAGCAGAUAGAGAACCAGUUGGAGAGAAGCCUAGUCAGCAUCAGGGCAAGAAAGACUCAAUUAUUUAGGGAGCAGAUUGCAAACUUAAAAGAAAAGGAAAAAAUCCUGACAGAGGAAAAUGCAAUAUUGCGCGAAAAGUGUGCACCGCAACAUAUGGAACACCCAACCCAGAAUAGAGAAAUUGAUUUAUAUGGUCAAAGCAGUCAGAAUUCAGAUGUGGAGACGGAAUUGUUCAUUGGGAGGCCUGAAAGAGCUAUUACGCUCUACCCUUUACAGGGUCGAUUGGUUGGAGAUGGCUCAGUAUGAAACCUUCCAAAUCUUCACGGGAGGAAAGACAAUUCAAUGGUGAUCCAUUUCUGUCUAUUUCAAUUACGUAUGCAGUAAUUGCACCAAAUUAUUUUUCUGCAAUCAACCAUACAAAAUAAAUCCAUUAAGCAUUUAUUUAGUGCAUCUGUUCGUAGGUUGUUAGCUAAAGCAUCUACUCUAGAGUCUGGACUCUAGAGUCAAUCUAGCUUAUGGAGGAUAUGUUUUAUGUAAUAUUGUAUAAUUCUAGCUACUGUAUCGUGUACAUUUUCUCGUAGAACCAAAAGGCCCAGUUAUUUUGUUUUCAAUGGAAGCUAAGUUUGACUUUGACA